AUGUCGCUGUCAUCCCUCCUCGUCAUUGGCCUGGAGCUAGAGCAAGCACAAUGGAUCACUCGAUUUCAGGAAAUCCAGUCUGUCUACAUGUCUGUUGUCCCUCAACUACUUUUGCUCCAAGCUAUUGUUCUUACAGCUGGCUCUACAUUUAGUCCUGAAAAUACCAUCCCCAUUUUCUUUGCAUCGCCAGUUGGUCUGAGCUGCUUUGAUUGCAUCACUACUCCUUCCACAAGCAGUUUUUACACCAGCUGUUCAGCCCAGAAGACCUCAUCCAUUCUUACCCUGGAUGACUGCCUAUUGAUAUCAGAAGCCUCUAAAAUCAAUGCUGCCACCACAAAAGCCUCUGUCAAGCUUGCAGAGCAUGUCCACCCCUUCCUUCCCUCCGACAUUCUUAAAAUAGAGCAUAAAGACAUUCAAGAGAUGGAUCCUGCAUGA